AUGUACACGGAGAAGCUGAACCUAAACUCGGAAAACGAGAAGAUCACGAGCCUGGAUUUCCAACCAUGUUCAAACGUCAACCGGUUAGCCAUCUCCAGUUUGCACCAGAUCAAAAUUUAUCACAUCCCAGUAUACGAUGCAAAUUCAAGGAGGAAGAUACAAAUAGAGUUACUCUUUAUUAGUAAUGAUCACAAUUUGGUUUAUAUUAAUACGAUUAGAUGGAGCUUCAACGGACAGUACUUAGCAAGCUGUGAUAGUGGAGGCACAUUACUAUGCUACGAAUUGGAUUCCAAUAAAAAUGGAAAAGUAUCAGGAGGAGGAGAAGAAGAAAUCAAAACGUUGACAAAGGAAGGAAUUACAAAAUACACACAAGGAGGAAGUGUCACCAUCUCGGGAAAUAUGAACAAUAAAGAAGAUUGGAAAAUUACGAAAUAUAUAAAAAUUUUAGAGAGUGGAGAAAUAUUUGAUUUGGCUUGGUCAAGGGAUAAUGAACAUGUCGUAUGUGGAGUCUCGAAAGGAAUGGUUUAUAUCUUUAACUUAAAAAAAUCGUACAUAUCUCAUAAACUGUUUGUUAAAGGGACGAGGGAAAAUAUCAAAGGUGUAUCCUUUCAUCCAACCAAUAAUUCAAUUAUCGCACAGAGUAGUGACAACAUCGUAUGUCUGUGGAGAAAAAUGAAUAUCUACCCUGAGCAGAAUAACCUUUUGUUGGCAUGUGCUGGACAAAGCAAAAGGAGCUUCGAGAAAGAAGAAAAGGAUACGUCUUCUCAGCAAUACGAAUGUAAAAGUACAACCCAGGAGAAGUACCCACAGUCUCAAGCAAUAACCAGGGAAUAUUUUGAGUGUUUGUAUGAAGAAAAAAUGAACAAGAAGCACAAAAAUAUUGACACGCCAACUAUAAGGCAUAUUUAUUUUGAUAGUUUUGGAAAGUAUGCUAGUCUUACACAUAUCCCAAAUAAUGGACGUAACUGUGGAGUCCUUCUUAAAAUUAAAAAGGGUGAAGAAAUACACAGGAAGAGGUUGUUUUUGGAUGGUCAUGGUAGUUGUAUUAGAGUAGCUAAGAUUGGACAAAAGGUAUUUAUUGAUCGAAAAAAACAAAAAUUAUAUAGCUUGUAUUGCCAGUGUAGUGACAAUGGGGUCAUUUCGUUGUGGAAGAUAUUCCUCAAAAGGGUUAAGUACAAGCACUCGGGGAGGGCCCACCACCCCAGGGGGAACGCCCACAUGGUCCCGGGCAGGCAGAAUGAGAAGCAGAGCCAGGGCCAGAAGCAGAGCCAGGGCCAGAAGCAGAGCCAGGGUCAGAAGCAGAGCCAGGGUCAGAAGCAGAGCCAGACGCAGCAAGCGCAACAGCGGGAGCUAUCCGCCACGCCCAGUGGACACCUGCACAAAGGGAGCCAAAAGAAGAAAAAAAAAGUUAACAGAUAUGCCAAGUGCUUCCUAAUAAUACAGAACUUGCUAGAAGAACAGACCUGUGCAGUCGACGCAAGUUGGUCUAACUCGUCCGACCAACUGGUCAUUGGCGCAUCCAACGGCUCCGUCUACAUCGUACAGAUAAACGUUCACGCGCUCAGGCUGAAGCCCUUUUACAAUCACGUCCUCCUCGAGAUCAACGAAAUUACACUCAAGUCCAACAGAGACCAUGUAACAGACAACGCACAACAGAUCAGUGCAAAAAGUAAGUCCACCAAAGACAAAGUAGAAAAAAAACAAAGGAACAGAAUAACUCCCAAAAUUAAGUACCUCUACGAUGAGCAUGGAAAUAUUAUAGAAAACGCAAAGUCGCAUGAGGUGAUUCAUAUUCUACAGUGCUCAGUUUGUACUUACGACGUGGAUGUAGAUCGCUACCUUAGGGGUAGUUUGAAAGGGGGAACUUCUUGGGGGGGUCCCAUUUUCGGGGAGGGAAAGAGUAGUAACAGUCCUGUCAGUUGCAUCUUUGACUUUCCCUCCUUCGUGAGGUCCUUCCUUUUUGUAGUUCUCAAAUGCGUCGAGUUUGUACUGGGGAGACUGCUUCCCCUGUGGGAGGCACGUGUUGCGGCUGCGGAACCACCCCAGGAGGGUAGUAGUCAGGGAGGUGGGAGUGGCCACAGCGGUCAGGGCGGUCAUAGCGGUCAGGGCGGUCAUAGCGGUCAGGGCGGUCAUAGCGGUCAGGGCGGUCAGAGCGGUCAGGGCGGUCAGAGCAGCCAGGGCAACCAGCGCGGCGGGGGUGGUGGCGCGAGUAACGGUAUGAGCGGUGCUGUGGGUAGCGCCGGUGGGGGGGGAGACAGCGGAACGAUGGGCAGUGGCGACGGCGGAGACGAUGGGAAUGACAGGGAUCGGGACAGGGGAAAUGACGCCAAGGAGGAGGAGAACGAAGACGAGGAUGACGACGGUAAGGAGGAGGACACUCACAGGGAGAAUGACUCUCACAGGGAGAAUGACUCCCAUAGGGAUAAUGACUCCCACAGGGAUAAUGACUCCCACAGGGAGAAUGACUCCCACAGGGAGAAUGACACCCACAUGGACAGUAACCCCCGCGCUAGCAACAGCCGUAGCAUCUACAGCAGGAGCAGCAACAGUCGAAGCGGCCCCCCCACGGGUGCAGCGGAAGAACCGAAGGAUGACAAGAAAAACGCCAGUCAAAGUAAAGGAAAGGGAAAAAUCAAAAAUAAAACAAAAACGAAAGUAAAAAGCAUUAAAGAAAAAAAGACAAAAAAUAAAAGCCCUAGAGAGAAGAAAGGGAGCAAACUCAUUAAAGGUAAUCUCGAAAUCGGACACUACCUGACUAGCAGUGAAAAUUUAAGUGUUGUUAAUGUAGAGUACCUUCAUGAGGGCAAUGAGGACAAGAACAGCAUCGGUCGAAGCAUCGGUCGAAGCAUCGGUCGAAGCAUCAGUCGAAGCAACGGACGCAGCGACGGACGCAGCGACGGACGCAACGACGGACGCAACGACGGACGCAACAACGAACGCAGCAACAGCAAUAGCAGCGGCUGCAGCAAGAGCAACAGCCACAGCCACAGCAACAGCCACAGCCACAGAGAUCGUCGGACCCCCCCUGCAUACUUCCCAAAUGAUGACAGCAGCAGGGCCUCCCUUAUGAACUCUCUCAAUGCAGAGGAGUCAAUGGAAGAGACGAGCAAAAAUAUUGACUUAAAAAUUUUGGAUAUUAUUAGAAAUAAUUACAAUAAAGAGAGUUACACAGAUACGACUAUACCACUUCUGCAUGACGAUCUGUGCAGACUCCCUCGGAUGGAAGACUGUGAUGAGAAAAACAGUUGCAUGAACAAGCUGGAUGGGAGUUCUAGGCAUUUGGUGCAGAAGGAAGAAGGGGGGGGGAGUGUUGUACGCCUCUCAGAUUUGAAGGGAAGCGAAGAUGGGAAGAAACAUAAAAUGAAGAAGGAGAGUUCCGUGGCUAGUAAAAGGGAGACGAAGAAGGGUGUCAAGGGUGGUGAGGGGAAGAAGAACGUCAAGAAUCAGCGAAAGGAGGGCACCAAAGAGGGGAAGAAAAGGCCCAAAAAGGGGGGAACAACAGGGGUGACAGGGGUGACUGGUGCGGCUGGGGCGGUUGGAACAUCCGCAGGAGAAGCGACUGCAGCAGGGGUGGGAACUGCCAACGGGACAGCCAACGGGACAGCCGACGAAACCGCUGACGGAACAGUCGACGGGAUAGCCGACGGAACCGCUGACGGAACAGUCGACGGGAUAGCCGACGGAACCGCUGACGAAACCUCUGUGCGCGAAGCGGAGGGGACCAAGGCAGCAGCGACAGUAACGUCGGAGGGACAGGCAGAGCCCCCAGGGGAGCAACCCAAAGGGGAGUCUCCAGAAGCGCCUCCGGCUGAGGCGAUUAUGCAACCAAGGGAGCAGUUGAAUGGGGACCCACCGGGAGGAAUGGCGGAAGAGGUAGCGGGGAAGUGCUCGCCAAAGUCCAAAAAGGAGGCAAAGGAGGCAAAGGAGGUAAAGGAGGUAAAGGAGGUAAAGGAGGCAAAGAAGGAGGCAAAGAAGGAGGCAAAGAAAGAGGCAAAGAAAGAGGCAAAGAAGGAGGCAAAGAAAGAGGCCAAGAAAGAGGCCAAGAAGGAAGCCAAGAAGGAGGCCAAAAAAAAGGCCAAAAAGGGAGAAAAAAACAAAAGCGAAAAUGGAGGUGAAGACAAGGCGAUCGAGCACGUGGGCAGUCCAGUGGAGGAUAAGGGGGACACCCAGGACGACGGGAAGGGGGAGGAUUUGAAAGGAGACGCACCGGAUGGAGUGUGCAGUGAAGCGAGGGAAGCCAAAAAGGAGGCCAAAAAGGAGGCCAAAAGGGAAGCCAAAAAGGAGGCCAAAAAGGAGGCCAAAAGGGAAGCCAAAAGGGAGGCCAAAAGGGAGGCCAAAAAAGAGGCUAAAAAAGAGGCCAAAAAGUGCACAAGCAAAAAACCAAGUAAAGACCCCAGCAAAGACCCAAGCAAGGAUCCCAGCAAAGACCCAAGCGGAGACGCCAGCGCGAAAAAAAAGAAGCGGUCUAAGAAACGCAAAGGCGGCAACGACUCCGACAUGGAGUGGGAGAAUUUCAACCCCCACGCGGAGCUCUGCUACCCAGAGGAAACGCAGGUCGUACCCAAAGGGGCACCAAAAGGAAGCAAGGAAAUCAUGGACUCAUACAAUAUGAAAAAAAAGGAAACACAGAAAGGGAAAAAUAAGAGUAGUGAGUUUUGUUCUUCCAAUGAUGUGAUCGUUGGAGAGUUAUCUAAAUCGAACGAGGUUAAGGGGAACUAUACGAGUGAAAGUCCUGAGGAUUGUCACAACCAGGACCGGACAAGCGUGACGCACAAAAAUGAGAUGAAUCUGCAAGGAGCACAGUUAGCACAACCAUGUGAGCGCAUUAAGAAAGACGGUGUAGUGAGGAGGAACCCCUGGCUGGAGGAUGGUAAAGAGGAAUACAGUGACGGAUACAGUAGGGGGGAGGUCUAUAGCGGUGAAUAUGCUGAUGAGUACAUGGACACACGUAGCGGGGUGCAUAAUGGUGACUACAAAGAGGGUCGCUUCGGAUACCGUGUUGGGAGGUCCAAUGAUGCCCAUGUCAACACCAACCAGGAAAGAAAAACAAUACAUAAGAGAAGCUUCGAACGGACGAGUGCAUAUAGUUCAAACGAGUUUAGCAAAAGAGAACGACCAAAUAAAAAAGGCAAAAUGGAAGGAACGUUUUUUUAUUCGAAUGGGAUCUCAGAUCAGAGGAUGUACGGUGUGCCAAUGAAGACGGACAUGGUAGGGGGUGGUCAUGCUGGAGAAGAAGAAGACUCAUGGGUGCGCGAUGCGAUGGGUGGUGCAGGUAGGAUGGAGAGAGAGAGAGUGAAGAAGCACCUGGUAGAGGCAGCCCAUGUGGGUGCAAGGGGAGAAGAAGGAGACGAUGAAGAGGGAGAGGAGUCGGAUGUGGUCGAUUCCGAGGGGGAAGAAGGUAACGGCGCGGGGGCUCGAAGAGUAAUGCGGCGUGGGCGAGUCCUGCGGGAGAUGCCCCACAUGCAGCUGCAGGCGCUGGCGGAGCAAUCGCAUGCGAGGGAAUCACUUCCGGGGCAACCACUUCCGAGGCAGUCGCAGCUGUACGACGAAGUGGACGAGACGCACAGCUACACCGAGAGGGAAGUCAAACGGAUGGCGGAGGACUCGCUGGAGACGGAGGAGCACUACUACGGUUGGCCUGAGAGGGAAGGCGCAGAACAGCAGGAGAUAGUUCCCUACGGCGUAAAGAAGGAAAGCCAUUACGAAGAAAAUCCCAGAAGAAACGACGUAAACGUGAAUACGUUGAGGAGGUAUACAUUAGAUAGAGGAAACAACAGAGGAAAUGGCAGCGUAAAUAACAGAGGAAAUGGCAGCGUAAAUAACAGCGGUAGUAAGAGGGGCCCAACUGAGGGACUGAAGAAAAUCGUCAGAAGAGGUGGCGCCUCCAACAGGAAUCACAUCCACGGGGACAGGAACUGGAAUAAUGUGUGCACUGCAUCUGAGGGAGAGGAAGACACGUUGAGUAGCGACGAAAACGGAGGAAGCACCUACAGUGAUGCAAUCAACGGAAGCAACUACACAGGAGAGGAACGAGCCGACUUUGCACAAAGGAGUGAGAAAAACAACACAGAUAAUGUACACGUGGAGAAAUACAAAAACAAAAUAUUCUUCUUUGACAGUAGAGGACAUAAUUGUAUCAUCUGCUGCAUGUUGGGGGAUGGCAUUACCAACCCUAUAGGUCAUGGUACCCAUGUCCUGAGGGAAAGGAAGCCUUUUUAUCUCCUGUGGGAAGAUGAAGUGGCAGGAAAACUGAUGAAGAAACUCUUUUUUGGCAACUACCUCUUCGUAGUAACAGAACAAAAUGGGCUCUACAUACUUAACGUGUUUCAUAUAGAGAGCAGGUUAGUAGUAUGCAAUUUUAUUCUCCCAAUCACUAAAGGAAUUUGUGAUAUUUCAAUCAUAAAGAGUUUACGAGUUGGGAUGGAUAUCUACACCUUUUUCUACCUCCAUGACUCCAGGAAAGGUUACUUCAUUUUCCAGCUACUGAAUUAUUGCACCGUUUCGUUGCUCUAUCAAUUUGAGACUUCCGAACUGGGGGUCGAAGUGCAGAGCAUGAGGAUGAGUUUUAUUGAGAGAUUGAGCAGGAGUGGUGGUACCCAGGGGGGGGUGAAGAAGUGGAAGAAACGUCUCAGGAGUUUUGCGAGGCAUGUGUUAGCCCAACAGGGAAAGGGUGACGUGGUUAGCGGCAAGGGGGGUAGCGGCAAGGGGGGUAGCGGCAAGGGGGGUAGCGGCAAGGGGGGUAGCGGCAGAGGGGGUAGCGGCAGAGGGGGUAACGGCAGAAGGGGAAGUACCCUAAAGGGGUUCCUCAAAAAGUCCAAAAUGAAGACAAAGACGAAUAUGAGUACAAAAAUGAGGCCGCAGAGGAGGACGAAGGGGAGGGCCAGUUGCGGGACCAUCCCCAAGGGAGGAAUGACCAAGGAAGAUAAUGAAGAAAAAAAAAAGGAGAAGGAUAUUCAGAAGUUAAUAAAAUAUAUGACCUUUUAUGAAUACCCUAGUGAGACUAACCACGAAGGGGAAGAUCCAGAAAAGGUGAAUCCAAAGUGGAUGGAAUUCCCGGCUAACGUAGGGGGGAUAAAAAGGGAGAAAUUUUCCACGGGGAGAGACACUUCUCCGUUUUGCAUUUGGGGAAAUGCGGACGGGGGAGAAGACCGGAUGAGCGUUAGGACCUACCGGGGGGGGGUGACCAUGGGGGGGCUCUCAGGUGAGGCUCAUUUCGAGCACCGUGUGAACAGCGAGAGUAGCGGAGGUAUUGGCAGUAUCGACCGUGUCGACCGUAUUGGCAGUGUCGACCGUAUUGGCGGUAUCGACCGUGUCGACCGUAUUGGCAGUGUAGACCGUGUCGACCGUAUCGGCGGCGUGGGCCCCCCUGUGGAGAACGACCUGGCCAUGCCUUCCUCCCUCUUCCCCGCGAACGGAUCGGGCCUGUUGACUCGUUACCCAGCGCACCUCUCAGCAAAAGACCGCGCAGAAGGAUAUCGCGCAGAAGGACUUCGCGCAGUGGAUCACCAAAAUGGGAGGAACUGGCUGCACCCCACGAAAAGGAAAACACAGAUGAACGACGAGUUCGACAGUAACAUAAACGGAUGCGACCUUUUGUAUGAUAUGAUUUACAGAAAGAGGAGCUUCCUCUACAGCUACAUGUGUAUUUUUGUAUACUUAAAGAAUGGGAUGAUUUUUUUGGUCCGCAGAAACUUGAUUGCGAAGGGGGGACAAGCGGGGGGACAAGCGGGGGCACACCAUAUGGGCAACCAGAUUGGCAACCAAAUGGGCAACCAAAUGGGCAACCACGUGACUGCCCUCUCGCUAACCGAGCAGCUGUACCAUGAUGACGGGGUGACCCUCGUGUCGCGCCUGGACAACGUGUACUACAACAAGGCGCUCUACUGUGAUGUGCAGAUCGAGGAGGAGGGCGGUGCGGACGUGAGCAUGGUGGGCGGUGCGGACCUUCGCAUGUUGAACGUUAGCAUGGUGAACGUUAGCAUGUUGAACGAUAGCGCCGUCGAUGGUGGCGGCCUCCUCAGCAGAAACGCUCCUAGCGCAGGAGGAAACGAACACAUGAACACGUGCGAUAACCUGCACGCGAUACAAAAAGAGGGACUAAAAAACCUGUACACGUAUAGCAACUUUUUUAGCGUAUAUGAUUUUGACAUAAAGGAGCUACUCAGGAGUGACGAUAUCUUUGAGGAGGUGAAGGGGAGGAGGAGGAGGAAGAAGAAGAAGAAGAGGAGGACGAAAAAGACGAAGAAGACGGAGAGGGCGGAUAUAACGGAUUGGGCGGAGAAGAAAAACAGGACCAAAUGGAAACACCUGCCGGGAGGAAGAGAUGACGCUGGAGGGGAGGUACUCCAGGAAUACUGUCCAUAUCCAAGGGAGGGCUCCACUGUCAACACAGCAACUGAGCUCUUCCCAAACAUAAAUCUAGCUCAUAAGAUGUCCCCCAUUUCGAAGAGAAAAAAUUGCUUUUUAAAAGACGUCAGUCAAGGGGACAGUGGGGUGAAGCAUUUACCAAGCGAAGUGCAGGGGGGGGGGUUAAAGGGCCCCCAUUUGGAGUCAGUCAUGAUGGAGACGACCAAGUUGGAUACGACUAAGUUGGAGACUGCCAUGUUGGAAGCUGCUAAGUUGGAGACGGCCAAGUUGGAGACUGCCAAGUGGGGAGGCAAAUGGAUGGAGACCCCGCAGCUGGGAAGCGAGAAGGUGGCAUGCGUGAGUCUCCAACUGGAUGAGCCGAAUAGCCGUCCCCACGCGCGAAGCAGUCCCACGACGGGACACCCCCUUCCCUGGAGCGGCUCCAAUGAGGACCUGCCCGACACGCUGACGAGGCCCCCAGAGGGGGAGGCGCAGUUGGAGUCGGCCGACGGGGGAAGCGGCAGUGGGGAAGGCAGCGGGGAAGGCGGCGAGGAAAGCGGCGAGGAAAGCGGCGGGGAAAGCAGCGAAGAUUUCAGCGGUGCAGACUGCGAAGACUUCAGUGCUGCGGACUGCGAAGACUUCAGUGGUGCAGACUACGAACACUUCAGUGGUGCAGACUGCGAAGACGUGAGUGGCGUGAUCAACCGCCAACACCGCCAACAGCGCGUGGACAGCGCCAUGCGGAAGAAACCUAACGUAUACCUGAAGACGGUGAAAUUUUUAGAGACGCAAAUGCGUUACAGCAUCUUAGUAAUGAACAAAAAGGCCUUUUUAAAAUACUUGCAUGUUUAUCUCAAGGUCCUGCUGGAGUAUGUAGACGUGCAAAGGAUUCAGCAGAGCUUCCAGUACUUCAUCCAUACAGCAUUGUACCACUCGCAACUUUUCCUCUCCGAUUUACACAUAUUUUUAGAAAGCAUAGAUGAACCCUACUGGGUGGACACCAAUGCGUUACUCUCCAUGGGUGUGCACUUUUUCUUUUUGGUUCUCUUCAUUUAUCACAACUUUUUACUGCCCAUAUACAGCAGGGUGAAGAGUAGGAAGCACGGCAGCCAGGUGAACCCUCGCUUCCAACCCUUUCUGGCCUUCGUCAGGGAGUCGCAAAACUGCAUAUGUUACAUUCAGAGGAUCUUCCAGCGCAACUUUCGUUACAUUGCGUCUUCGUGA